AUGUCUCUUCAUAAUGAUGCUGCAGCUGGCGUCCUCACGCAUGCAACGCUAAAUAACUACUUAAAUACUUGCAAAAUCAACGAACCCAGCACUGAGAAUGGGAAUGGUACCAUCGGUCUAACACCCCUUGCAUUGGCCGCGCGAAAUGGACACGCUGAUACUGUCAGGCUCCUCCUUGAGAAAGGGGCCGCGGUGGAUGCUCUCUCAUCGCAGCUCCGUUCACCGUUGUGGAUUGUGACUGCGCGGGGACAGGGUGACAACCGAGCCGAGAUAGUUCAGCUUUUGCUAAGAUAUGGGGCAGACCCUAAAUACUCUCUCCCGACUCUCCAAAACGGCUCGACACCACUCGAGAACGAGCUCAAGCAGCAGAAGGAUCGUGAAGUGAUUCAGCUUCUGGUCCAGAAUGGCGGCAAGACAGAUAACGUUAUAACCUUAGCAGCCAGUCUAGGAAUACCCGAGAUCAAUGAUAUCAUGGAACCCUCCAAGCAGGGAGUCAAUGUUCUCGAAACUAUCGUUAGCCUUAUACUCGCCGUCAUACUAUACAUCUUCAGCUGGGUCCACACUGCAGCUCUUGCAGCUCGAAGCGUCUUGCAGAGGUAUCCAAUCAGUGGCCGUAUGGAAAGGUCAAUGGUAGAUACAGUGGGCAAGGGGCUAUCACCUCCCAAGACCAAGGAAGAUUUCGAGAAGAACAUUAGCGAUUUCGUAGCUAAGCACAAGUUGGGAAAGUUCUUCAGGGAGGAUAGCCAACAACUACUAGAGGGUAUUGCCGCCAAGGCUGUUGAGCUGCAAGGGGAUGAUACCUCAGUCUUGGGCCAACCGGAGAAUAGCGAUAACCUCAUUAAGCUCGCUCUUUACCAGCCUGUCAUUUACUGCGACGACAGUGGGUCCAUGGACCCGAUGGGCAACAAUGACGGGGAAAACCGUAUGGGGGAUCAGCGGGAUCUAGUGAAUCGAGUUGCCUCUAUAUGCACUAGGAUAGUACCCGAUGAGCUUGGUGUCCACCUUCGGUUCAUAAACAACGAGCCGGAGAAUAUUGACAACCUGAGGAUGGAUGAAAUCCAGAACAUUAUGAAGCAAGUCAGACCUUUAGGAUGCACGGAGAUCGGAACUCAGCUCCGCAACCGGAUCCUUCAACCUCUCUUAUAUUCCCAGUACAACGAGAACGUUAAGAGCCUAAGGCGGCCGCUCUUCAUUUCAAUCAUCACCGACGGAAUCCCAUACGGUGGAGGCAGAUCACCCGAGACGCGAAACACGCUCCGGGACGAAAUCAAGAAAUGUCAGGAGUACCUGCUUGAGAACGGCCUUCCAUCGCGAACUGUGGUCUUCCAAAUCAGUCAGAUUGGUAGCGACAAGAACUCUAAAGAAUUCCUGCAAAGCUUGAAGGAAGAGAAUCUAGAGAACGUGUACAUUACAGCACAACAACUUGACUCGAAGUUCCGAGAGCUCAGGAAGAACGAGAAGGAUCUCGAGGCUUGGCUGUUCGAAACUCUCCUCGAACCAAUUCUAGACAAAAAGUCUGGUUAG